AUGUUGUGUGUUUACAAAUGCUGUCAAGUUGCCUCUCAUCUUCACAGAAGAAAUUUUAGUACUAUAUACAGACUUUUGUAUUUUAAAAAUCCAUUUCCUGACAAGCAGAAUGCAAUAAAAUGUGAAUCAGAGAAAUACAAAAGUGUUUUUCACCAUGCACCACAUAUGCAGAUACAUUGUUUUUCGGGUGUUAAUUCAAUAAAUAAAUGUUCUAAGCCUGAAGAUACAGCCAUUCAUAAUGUGGACUAUUUGGAUGCAAAUGACAAAGUUAUAUAUGACAUUUUAGCAAAAGAUAUGCUGGUACAGAAAGACUUUCUGACUGAAGAAGAAGAACAGUCUUUGUUGAAUGAAGCUGAAAGAUACCUAUCACGUCUGAGAUAUCAGAAUGGUCACUGGGAUAAUGCUAUUCAUGAAUACAGGGAAACAGAAAAGACCUCUUGGAAUGAAAAUAAUACGAAAGUCAUUCAUCGAGUUCAGAAACUGGCUUUUGGAGCAGGUGUUGUACCCCUGCCACAUGUCCAUGUGCUAGACAUAUCAAAAGAUGGCUACAUUAGACCUCAUGUGGAUGCAGUUCGGUUCUGUGGGGACACAAUUGCAGGAAUGUGUCUUUUGUCAUCAUGUGUUAUGCGUUUAGCACUAGAGAAAGACAGUUCUAAAUAUGGAGAUGUCUUCCUGCCAAGACGCUGCCUAUACAUCAUGAAACACAGAGCACGGUAUGAAUUUACACAUGAAGUCCUCAAAGCUGAAGAUUCUGUAUUCAGAAACCAGAUUGUUCCAAGGGACAGACGUAUUUCAAUCAUUUGUCGCUGCGAACCUGAUCCUGCUAAUUCCCAGUGA